AAUAACAAAAAUGUUAAUAAUAAUAGUAAUAAUAAGAGAACAUCAAUAAUAUUCGUGUGUGACUAUUGUGGGCGGGAGUUUGCCAAUUCUCAAGCAUUGGGAGGUCACCAAAACGCUCACAAGGACAAAAGAAGUAGUCUUCUCUCGAAGAGGCGCCGCCAUGAGCCGACGUCUCCUCGUCCUCCUCCUCCACCUCGGCCACCUCAACUUGCUGUAGUAGGUGUCCCGGCAGUGAUCUUAGGCACCCCGCAUCACGGCGGUGUUAUGAUCAAACAACCUGCAGCACCUUCUGUACUUCGUGUUGGCGGCGGGCCAAUGUGUAUUGUCAGAUGCCCCGCCGGCCGUGCUGUGGCAGCUCGAGUCGGAGAUGGGAUUGCACGUGUUUAUGGAUUAUGGCCAUGGCCAAUGGCAAGAGUAGUUAAGCUUUCUCGAGCUUUGAAUGAUGAGGGCAUGGCCAGAUCUUCUUCGUACGGCGAUAGUAGUACUGCUAUUAAUGGCAAGAGUAAUGAUAAUAAUAUUCAAGGACAUGAGUAUGAUCAGCAUCAUCAUCAUCACAAC